CACGUCCCCAAAGUCAAGGCUCAAGCCCCGCUUCUCCCAUCUGGCCUCGGAGACGGUGCUUUCAAUAGAACCAGUCAACCCACCACUCCAAAGUAGGAAGAAUAAAAGCCGCCCCACCCUCAUUCAAAGCCACCCCUGCAACCGGUAGCCUCUUUCAGCCGUCUCCGUCAAUUAACUCUGCGCUCCAAAAAGCCACACAAUGUCGGCCCCAUGAGCGACUUCUUCAACCACCGAGCAACAGGACCGUCCCAGGACUACGUCGCACCAAAAUGGCCCAGUCUGAGCGGCUUCGUCAUUGGCGGCAACUCCGAUACGUCGACUGAUAAUGUGCUUUGGUAUAAGGAUGAAAUUAUAAUCUACACAAUCCUCUGGACAGUGAUCCUCUUCUCCUUCAUGUAUGGCCUUGCGGGCCUCUGGGCCUACAUCGUCUUCCUGCGAAGCAAGUUCGGGAUGGUAUUACUCUUGGGCUUUGCAGGCAUCGGGUUGUUUGCAGGGGCGAGCAGUGGGGCUGUUGUUGGGGUGUUGUUGGCGAGCGUUUAUAACGCGGGCCUGUUUGCAAUGGCAACAUGGAUUCCGUUGGCGUGGGCUUUGGUGCAGAUUAUUGUGGUGCUGAUUUCGUCGGAUGCGGAUAUUACGUUGAAUAAUCUGUAGAGAUGCAUGGGUUCGCUUGAGAGGAGGGAGGAAGAGGGGAGACAGAAGAGGGCAGACAGAGGAGGGCUACUUCACACAACACAU